AUGAGUGACGAAGGAUCUAACGAGGAGCAGCAUCCUACUCCUCCAGGGAACCCUCCGUCUUCAAAUCAAUCUUCUAAUAAUAGAGAAAAUGCUAACACAUCGGCCCAACCAAGAAAUACGAGAAAUAUAACUGUUUCCGUUCAGUAUUCAUAUGUGACCCCAGAUGCAUUAACUAAUAUCACUAAUCCCUUUAAUGCCAGUUUAGGGCCCAAUCCAAAUACAGUCAAUACCCCUCCAACAAGCACCACCUUGCCUGGCAUGAUUAAUGGACUUUCCAAUCUUCAACGUAUACCUAUCAACAAUCCUUCGACCACAACUAUGCCCAGUACCUCUAGUACUGGAGCUAGCAAUGGACCUGCUGCAACUUCAUUACCGCCACCAAAUUCCCUACCGAGAGAAGGUCCAGCAGCUACUGAUCCAUCUCUGCCGCAUGGUACUUUCGUGCUGUCCUUCAGGGACGUUCCAUCCAGUACCCCACAAUCCAGGUUAGAGUCUAUUAUUGGUAUAGCUGCUGAAAUCGCUAUGCGUAGAUUCACUGAACUGCAUUCGAGAGCCAGAGGUAUCUCUAAAGAAGCAUUUGAAACGCUACCUGUGCUUACAUUGGAAGAAGCCAAGAAAUUAACCGAAGACUUAUCAUGCUCUAUCUGUUAUGAACCACUUGAGGAAGAGGUAAAAGUUGAUGAAAUGAAUGAAAAUAAGAAAAGAGUAAGAAACGAUGAUGAUAAUGAAGAAGAGAGAUCUAAAAGACGAAGAUUGAAUGGUGAAGCUAACCCUUCGAAUGGUAAUUAUUCUAUAGGACUUACUGAAGGAGCUACUAUCAACUCAAAUACAGGUACUAGCACUGAUAGUACCACUAAACAUGAGGAAAAUGAAGUUCCUACAUAUUCACAUUCUCCUUUAAAAUUACCAUGUGGCCACAUCUUUGGUAGGGAAUGUUUAUUCAAAUGGUCAAAGGUUGAAAACACAUGUCCACUUUGUAGGCACGUAAUCAUCGAAAACAAUCAAAAUGAAGCAAAUGUGGAUUCUUCUGUAGAAGCACAAUCCACAGAAGCGUUCGAAAGAAUCAGAAAUCUGCUAUAUAAUCCUACACCUGAAGAAGAAGGUAGCGAGAAUAAUACUAAUGCUAAUAACAAUGGCGCAACUUCAGCGAACUUACAAGCUGGCUCUGCUGCAACUACAGGCGCCAAUACGACGGCCAACCCUGUUCGUUUCACGACUUUAGGUGGCGCUAGUGUGAUUUUCUUGAACCCUGAAUUGUUGGCCAAUAGGCAGGGAUCACCUGCUACAAGUACCAAUAUUCAAGUUGACGGAAUUUCGCAAUCGCAACCAAAUAAUAAUACUGAGACAAGUGCUGCCAAUGCACCCACCGCAGGUGCGUCUCCUAUUUCCCCCAACCUUUUAAACACAAGAGGCCGCAGAAUACAUUGGCUACCAUUAGAUAUAGGUAAUGAUAAUCCAACGAAUACUAAUGUAGCUUCUGAUGGGACUAAUCCACGCCAUCAUAGAUUCAGAACCAUUUUGAACAACUUUUUUGACUCGAUCACACAUAACAGACAAAAUGUGGCUACUGCUACCUCAAAUGAUCAUGAAGGAAGCCAUAAUGAUGCAUCUACAACUGCCACAUCAAAUGUCAAUACUGAUAUGGCAGGUCAAGAAACUCAGAACCCGGAUGUUAUAAGAAUGGGAAAUGAAAUUAGAGAUGCACUACUGGCACGCUUGAAUAGUAGAAAUAAUGAGGCUACUCAAAAUCUUUUUACGACAGGGGUAGCAAGUAGAAGAAAUGCCAGUGGAGAAGUUGAAACAUAUCAUAUCAAUGGCGAUGGAAUGACAGCUGCCUCCUCUCUCAACAAUAAUGAAAAUGACGCAUCUAAUCAAGAGCCAGAUAUUAGAUCCGGCGAGAGAGAUGGGGAUGAGCAUGAAGAAGAGCGUUAG